GGCUUCCCAACUGGCAUGAAGUGGAGCUUCAUGAACAAACCCAGUGAUGGCAGGCCUAAGUACCUGGUGGUGAAUGCUGAUGAAGGGGAGCCAGGGACGUGUAAAGACAGAGAGAUAAUGCGUCAUGACCCCCAUAAGCUGAUAGAGGGCUGUCUGGUGGCUGGAAGAGCCAUGGGUGCCCGUGCUGCAUACAUCUACAUCAGAGGAGAGUUUUACAAUGAGUCAUCAAAUCUGCAGGUGGCCAUUAACGAGGCCUACAAAGCAGGGCUUUUAGGGAAGAACGCCUGCGGCUCAGGAUACGACUUUGAUGUGUUUGUGAUGCGAGGAGCUGGAGCUUAUAUCUGCGGAGAGGAGACAGCCCUUAUCGAGUCUCUGGAGGGCAAACAAGGGAAACCGCGACUUAAGCCGCCAUUCCCUGCAGACAUAGGGGUGUUUGGAUGCCCAACAACAGUUGCCAAUGUGGAGACGGUUGCUGUGGCUCCUGUGAUCUGUCGUCGAGGCGGAGCUUGGUUUGCCAGCUUUGGGAGGGAGAGGAACUCUGGAACCAAGCUGUUCAACAUCUCCGGUCAUGUGAACACACCAUGCACAGUGGAGGAAGAGAUGUCAAUCCCUCUGAGAGAGUUAAUAGAGAGGCACGCAGGAGGAGUGAGGGGCGGCUGGGACAACCUAUUAGGAGUGAUCCCAGGGGGGUCCUCCACUCCCAUCAUCCCGCGGGACGUGUGCGAUGAUGUUUUGAUGGAUUUUGACGACCUGGUGCGUGCAGAGACUGCUCUGGGCACUGCUGCCGUCAUAGUCAUGGAUAAAUCGACUGAUGUGAUCCGAGCCAUAGCACGUUUGGUUGAGUUCUACAAACAUGAGAGCUGUGGCCAGUGCACCCCCUGCAGAGAGGGAGUGGACUGGAUGGAUAAUAUGAUGUGGAGAUUUGUUCGAGGAGAAGCAGCAGUUUCAGAGAUCGACAUGAUCUGGGAGCUUAGCAAGCAGAUAGAGGGACACACUAUCUGUGCCCUCGGGGACGGAGCUGCCUGGCCUGUGCAGGGGCUGAUCCGCCACUUUCGGCCAGUCAUGGAGGGCCGCAUCACUCAAUAUAACAAGAAAAACCCUCCAAGGGAACCAGAGCUUGAGAUGAUCUGA